AAGUCUUAUCAGAUCCUCCUGCAACACCAACGGUUUAGCGUCAACACAUCAAUGGAACCAACGGUGGUGAAACUGAAGCCGAUCGAAGCAACACCGGAGACCUUCAAAGACUUCGGUCAAGUGGUUCAGGCGUCGCCGGACGGCGACCAGUUCGGCCCUCACGAUGCACAACUCGAUCUCUCCCAAGGCACUCCUAGGUUUUAUAUCAUGCAUCUUCAAGAUCGCGCUCUCAAGUUCUCCAAAAUAACACAUCACGCAAGUGUGACCCAAUGCCUCGGUUCAAUUAGCGGGGAUGUUUGGUACCUUGGAGUCGCAAAGUCAUCGAUAGUUGAUCCAAAUGCGGAUGAAAAAAAGGGUGAAAAUGUUUUGCAAUCGAACAGGGGUCACUUGUUCAAGCCUCCUGCAGUUGACAGUGUUCGCGUGUUCAAAAUUUCUGGUCCGAAGUUUUUGAAGCUGAACCGUGGGACUUGGCAUGCUGGCCCGUUGUUUAAGCCGGACUCAAUGGAUUUCUACAAUCUUGAACUCAGCAAUACUAAUGUGGUUGAUCAUACAUCUCAUGAUUUUGAAAAGGAAAACGCGACUGUGUUUGUGAUUGAUGAGUAGUUAUAAAUGGGAUUGUUAUCUUUUAAUUUGAUUGUUUAUAUCUGUAUCUACAAGUCAUGAUGAGUCGAUGGCCCAUUUUGUAGAAUAUGGAUUGUUUGAGUCGUACAUGUCGAUGUUUAUUUGAAUAUGCUCGAAUUAUACAAUG